CUUCGGCGGCGAUAUCUCCGGCCGCCGCUCGCGCUUCUCCUCCGUGUAUUCGUUCUGUCGAGAUUCGUCUUGAGUAACACCUUUCAAUUUUUGAAUUCACAAAUAAAGGAAAUUUUAUAUUUUCAGUAAAUAUUUACUGUACUCGAAGUUUUGGAAACUUUCGCAAUGGGUGCAGCUGAAGAUCCCGUCAACAACACAGCAGGGUCAACAGGAAGUCUGGAAAACCACGCUACAGGUCAUACUGAAAAUCCUAUAAAGGACAAUGUUGGUUCUUCAGAAAAUCCUGUAAAGGACAAAGCACCAGGUGCAGAAAACCCUGUAAGCAAUCAAGCAGGUAAUGCAGAAAUUCCUAAAGCUAGCAGUGCUGAAAAUCCUGUAAGUGACCAAACAGAUGUUAAACAAAUUCCUGGAAGUGGAGGUAGGGCAGAAAAUCUGUUUAAUGACCAAGCAGGUGGGGCAGAAAAUCCUUCAAAUGAUGGUGAAGCAACUGGUGGUGCAGAAAACUCUGUAAAAAACAAAGCAGGCACAUCAGAAAAUAAUAUGAAUGUCAAAAAUGAUGGCAUAGAAAAUCCUGUAAACAAUAAUUCUGAUGGUGUUGAAAAUCAUUUAAGCAACCAAACAGAUGCUGCAGAAAAUCUUGUAAAUGACAAACAGGAUCCUGCAGGAAGUUUUGUAGAAAAUAAAGCAGAUGCUCUUGAUUCCCCUAUAAACAGCAUAGUUAAGGCUGUUGAGUUCCCUGCAAGCAGCAAAGCAAAUGCUGUUGAAUCCCCUGCAAGCUGCAAACCAGAUUGCCUUCCAGAAGAAGCAAAGGAGAUACUGAUAUCAUUGGCAAGUAAAUGGGAGGAUGUACUUGAUGCAAAUGCAUUGCAGGUGUUCCCUCUCAAAGGGGCAAUGACAAAUAAGGUAUACCAGAUAAAGUGGCCAACUACGACAGGGGAAACAUCCCGAAAGGUUCUUGUUAGAAUGUAUGGUGAGGGUGUGGAUGUGUUCUUUGACAGGGAUAAAGAAAUCCGAACAUUUGAAUUCAUGUCAAAGAAUGGGCAAGGUCCUCUUCUACUAGGACGAUUUACAAAUGGCCGUGUUGAAGAAUUUAUCCAUGCACGGACAUUAUCAGCAUCUGAUCUACGUGAUCCAUCUAUUUCUGCUCUUAUAGCGGCCAAAAUGAAGGAGUUCCAUGAACUAGAUAUGCCUGGUGAAAAGAAAGUCCACCUCUGGGAUAGGUUGCGAAAUUGGCUUAGUGAAGCCAAACGUUUAUCAUCCCCUAAAGAAGUUGAAGCUUUUUAUUUGGACACAAUUGACAAAGAAAUCUCUAUGCUGGAAAAGGAACUUUCAGGUGCAGACCAACUCAUAGGAUUUUGCCACAAUGAUUUACAAUAUGGUAAUAUAAUGCUUGACGAAGAGACCAAUUCUGUGACCAUCAUAGACUAUGAAUAUGCUAGUUAUAAUCAUGUAGCAUUUGAUAUAGCAAACCACUUUUGUGAGAUGGCUGCUAACUAUCAUACAGAAGAGCCUCAUAUUCUUGACUACACUAAAUAUCCUGAUUUAGAGGAGCGUCGAAGAUUUGUCAAGGCAUAUUUGAGUACCUCCGGAGAGCAAUCUAGUGACAAUAAGGUGGAGCAGCUACUUCAAGAGAUUGAGAAGUAUACACUUGCAAAUCAUCUAUUUUGGGGCGUUUGGGGAAUAAUUUCGGCACAAGUAAACACUAUCGACUUUGACUACAAGGAGUAUGCCAAACAGAGGUUUCAAGAGUACUGGGCAAGGAAACCUUAUCUUUUAAUAAACACUGAAGCACCUCCUUAUAAUGCGGCUGAGGGAACAGGAGAGCAAGCCCCAUCAGGGCACCAAAGGAGGAACUCUGGUAUCUUCAGGAAGAUGAAGAAAGUUUUGGGUCUCGGUUUGUUCAGGUCUAAGAGCUAGAACAAGAAUUUUGCCAGCUCUUUUAUCUUUUAUCUUUUUUUUUUAAUUUUUUUUAAUUUUAUGUUCUUUUACACUUUCUCUUUAUGAGAGAAAGUGAAUAUCAGAAGGGAAAAGUCAUGAAUAGUUUAAACAUAAAUAAUGUACUAAACAAGCAUUACGUUUUGGUAUUA